UCACUGAAAAAAAGUUUGCAUGCGUGUUGUAGCGAGAGCAAUUUUCUGAUUAGUUUUAGUUUUUCUUAUUGUCAAAAUGACCGAUUACAAAGAAGAACAGCGAGAUGAAAUUGAAGCUUUAGAAUCUAUUUAUCCAGAUGAACUUAAAAUCCUGACACAAGAACCAGAAUUUGUUUUUGCUAUUGACAUUAAAACUGAAGAUGUGAGAGAUUUUCCUGACAAGUACAUGGCUGUUACUUUGAGAUUUUGCUAUACCCCUUUAUAUCCUGAUGAAGCUCCCAUUAUUGGAAUUGAAGAAUCUGAAGAAGUGUCAGAAGAAGAUGCUGCCGAACUCGUAGAAUUUCUACAGACUAAAGCUGAUGAGAAUUUAGGAAUGGUUAUGAUUUUUACAUUAGUAUCUGAAGCUUCAGAGUGGCUAAAUAAAAAACUUCUUGAUAAUAUAACAAGGAAAAGAGAAGCUGAUGAAUUGAGGAUAAAGCAAUUAGAGGAAGAAGAAAGGAACCGGUUUGAAGGUGUUAGAGUUACAGUUGAAUCUUUCUUGUCUUGGAAAGCUAAAUUUGAUCAAGAAAUGGCUGAGUUGAGAAAAUUGCAAAGUAAAAAUGAAGUCUCUUCAAAAAGGUUAACAGGGCGUGAGUUAUUUGAAAAAGAUGAUUCCUUAGUAGACUCUGAUCUCCAGUUCCUGCAGGAAGGAGAAGAUGAAGUGAAAGUUGAUGAGUCCCUCUUUCAAGAAUUGGAUGAUUUAGAGCUACAGGAUGAAGAUAUUUCAAAUUAAAUAUUUAAAUGAUGAAGACAUGAACAGUAAAAUGUUUAUCUUUGUGCAGAAACAACAAAAGAAAAAAUUAACAUUAUUGUAGCAAAUGUGCAAAAAUGUUGCUUAUAUAUGUUCAGAGUUUACAUGCAGAGAUAUUAGUGUGGUAAUUUUCAAGCUGAGAUAACAUUCAUUAAUAUUUUUUGAGGAGUGCACAGGCCCCUUGUCUAGGGGGGGGCAACGCCCCCCUUACUGUCUAAAGUAAAGAGAGUUUCUCCCUCCACUUUUCUGUUCAAAAUUAAUGAUCCACUAAAAAUGAUAAAAUUGAUUGAUUCACAUGUUAAAAAAAGAAUUAACUUAAUAAGUGUAUGUUUUAGAUUUUUCUCAGGUUAUUAUUUCAUAAAAAUUAAAAUGUAGCUUUGAAUUUGAAGAAGGGUGUCUGCAACAUGGCCAUCUGUCCCGAUUUUUGUGGUAGUGUCCGGAAUUUUAUAGAGAAGCUCAUUUAACCAAUGACAUUAAAAUUUUUAUUUUUUUAAAAGUCAACUUUACAAGCACUGCCCACUUAACCUGUCCCCCUUAUUUCCUUUGACCCCCCCACUUUAUUGGCGCGCCAGCCACCAAUGGUGAAGUAAAAUUCAUCUUGAAGGGGGGAAAUAUUUGAUAUUAGUGAUCAAUUCCAUAUACAAAACUAACCUUCUAAUAUAAUCUUUCUAAGUAUAAAAUCGAAAAUGACAGAAAAAGAAGAAAUGGAUGCUAUUGUGAUUUAACAGUUCGCAUUUAAACAAAGUAUGAAGCACUUAAAUGUAAUGUUUAAAAAAUUCAGUUUUUCCCACCUCCUUUCCAUGGUGUUAAAUUUUUAUUUAAAAUGCAAAGCUUGAAAAUAAGUUUGACUAAAUUUUUGAGGCAUAUUUUUGAUGUUUGAGAUACAUGCUUCUAGGGUUGUAAAAAAUAUCUCUGGUUACAAGAAACAUCUUUUUCAGUGCAGGAUAUGCUUCAACUUAAAUUUAAUUUUGUGAUUUCUACUUAGCAUCUAAAGCUCUAAUUUAGUUUUGUGAUUUUUAUUUAGCAUCCUAAGCUCAAACUUAGUUUUGUGAUUUCUGUUUUGCAUCCAAGGCUCAAAACAUUUUGUGCAUUGAAAAAUUACUUCCUUGUAAUUAUUUUUGCAACUAGGCUUUAACAAUGUUGAUUUUUUCUUUGACAAACAGAUGUGUUUUCAACUGAGCCAUGUAUUAUACAAACUAUAUUUUGUGAAUAUACUUGUUUUAUCUCUAAAUCAAAACCUAUUUAUAAUCUACGUUUAAUAAAAUGUUACAUAAUCACUUUGAUUUUUCUUUCGCAAAUGCCUAUUUAUAGUCAUUACACAUAAAAAAAAAUAAUUAAAAAAAAAAAAAGAAGAGAAAGAAAUUAGUAGUGCUAUGCACUGCAAUUUAUGUUGAAAUUUUAAAUAGCAUUAUCUGUAAAUCUUUUUUCAAUCAUUGUUCCUGAAAGACUACUUUUUAUGUUUAUUUAUUUAUGUAUUAUCCUAAAUUUAUUGAAAAUCUUUAAAAGUUCUAAAAUUUUACUCGGCAUUCAAUGCAAAGCCUAAUUUAUAUCUAUAUAUAAUUGGAGUCUUUCUACGUUUGAAACUUUAAAUCUUGUUUUUUUUUUUUUUUUCAACAUAUGAAAUUGGUGAAAAUUGAAUUA